AUGGAGCAGUCUCGCAACGCAGGGACGCCUUCUCAAACUGAGGUUGAGAGUCCGGCUCCUCCAGCAACUCUUCACUUGAGACUGAAUGGGACAGAAAAGAAGGAUAAAAAGAAAAAGAAGAAGUCAAAGCAGAAGGUAAGAUGGAAAGAAGAUGUAGUGGAUAAUGAAAACAUGAAUAAGAAGAAAACUAAGAUUUGCUGUAUUUUUCAUCCUCAAAGGGAUUUCGGCGAACUGAGUACUGAUUCCAGCUCGGAUAGUGAUUCAGACAGUGAUCUGAGUGAUUCCAGUGAUGCAUGCCAUAACCAUGACCAUGAUCAUGGUCCCGAAAGGGAAAAUAGUGAUGUUCCAAAGAGAGCACCAAGUCCUAAUGCUUAUGAAAAACAGCCUACAUACAAGAACAAAUCUACAGUUCCAAAUAAGGAUUAG